AUGGUCCACUACGUCAAGGGCGACAAGGUCGAGUACCGCCCAAUUGGAGGCGGCGAGGAGAAUGUUGCUCACUCCACCGGCGUCGUCGAGAACGUUUUCGACGCUGAGGACGGCUCUCAGCGCUUCUCCAUCAAGAACGACAAGACAGGCAAGUCGACCAACUACCAGGAGAUGAACAUUGUUCGCAAGAUCAACGAGUAG